CGAGUGAGCCGUUCACUGUUUUGUGUUGCUCAUACGUUUAAUUUUUUCCGCAACACAACCGAGUGACACAUCGGCGAACAGAACAAUAACGAACCAAAUGCUGGCGAAUUUUCAUCAUUUUUUCUUUGUCUCUCUUUUCAUUCUUUCCCACAUUGUCCACAUACAAAAUAAAUAAUAAAAAAAAGCCAAAUAAAACAUAGAAUCUGUUAAAACAAAAUAAUCUCUGUAAUUUAGAGUGAUUUUGGGAACUGUAGCAUUCGCUUCAACAUUUAUUUUUUUUUUUGCAUAUUUCUUCAUCACGUCGCCCAUCGUGAGACAUCCGAAAGCGAUAGGAAGAAGAAAGAACACAAUUUUUUCAUUCUUUGUUGUAUGUUUUUUUCUGUUGUUGUUGCAUAUUUCGAUUUAUUGUUAUGGAUGCGUGUAAAUACGGUUAUUUGUUGUGUCAUUUUCAAUAGACCGUGUCAAAUAUUUAGUUGAGCCAAUUAGUGAAGAAGGCAACCAAUACACAGAAAAUUAACACGCAUCUCUAAAACGUUGAUAAAUAAAAAGCGAGAUCAAAAAAAUAAGAUCGUUGAUUAAACAGUGAGUACUCAAUUGGUGUGGAAUCAAACGGUUGUAUAUCGACAGCAAUGGAACAAACAGUGUUAGUGUAUGUCAUGAAUGGAAGACUCAAUGCAAAUAUUGACUUGACUGAAUCUAUCUAAAGUGUUGGGCCAAUGAAUCAGCUCUCAUUAAUCCACGAUACACGAAAAUACAGUCGCUUCAUCAGCAUCAUCAUCAUCAUCAUCAUCAUCAUCGCACAAGCAAACUUAAUUGAUGGCAAACGAAAAAUGAGCCCAAAUUCAAAUGAAUAGCAUAAUUAAGACUGUUUAGAGACACUUGCAACGUAAUUUUAGAAUGAUAGCCUAGCUGUAACGACAGGAUUAAACGGAUCAAAUUGAGAAAAAAAAUACUUUGUCAAGAUAUUUAUUUAUUUAUUUUGUGUCUAUAUAUUUUUUUCUUCUCAUUUUAUUUCAUCUUCAUUCGUAUUUGCGUGUUUUUUCACGCUGCUUCAAAUGAAAAAUAUCACAUCAUUUUUCUAAGCCACUGUUUGUGUAUUAUUUUUUGUGUGUCUUCGUUGUGUCCGUCUUUGCCUUUCUCGAUGCUUGUUUAUUUGGUCUACUCCAUAAAUGCGUGUGACAUGUGUUUUCUUUUUUCUCUCUCUCUCUCUCUCUCUCUCUCUCUCUCUUUCUCUCUCUCUCUCUUUCUUCUUGAUCUUUUCAAUCUUUUUUCGUCGCCACCGAUUUUUUUGUCUAUUUUUCAUCGUAUCAGGCAUUUGUUGUUAUUGUUGUUACUGUUGCUCUGAGCCCCUGAACGAAGUCAAACGUCAAUUGUCUAUAUGUGUAUGUGUGAUCACAUCGUGUUUUUGAACGUAAUUUGUGGAUUCCUUGGACGUUUCUCAUGUGUCACUUUGAGAACAACAAAUGUAAACUUUGAUGAUUUGUGUUUGUUUGGCUGAAAGAUAAACAUUGCAAUAUGUUGCAUGCAAGUGAACUUGCGCUCAAGCACAAAAGUUCAUUUCACACUUUUCGCUCGAAAGAAAAAGCAGAAGCAACGACAAAUUCAUGGCUGAAUAUUCGACAUUUAGAUUGAUUCAUUGCUUCUGCGUUCGUUCGUUUUUUUCUGUUAUUCGAAAAAAAAUUGAACCUGUCUUUCCCCACUUCGUACACACGGUGGUGUGUGCACGGCGCGCUUCUGAUCGCGAAAUGCAUGCGAUCGACUCGAAUAAGUAAAAUACAUGUGAUCUGUCUUCAGAAACACGCAGAAGGAGAGACCGAUCAAAUGUUCUAUUUUUAAUGUGCAUUUUAAGAAUAGUGACCGCUGACACAUUUGCAUCAAACACAUUAACACCCGAAGCAACAACAACCGACACACGAUGAGGAAAACUCACAUACAAUAGACUAGGCUAUAUUCAUCGCUAGAUUUCCCGACACAUGAUAUGUGUAAGUUCGGGCCAGGAAGCAAAAAAAAAAGUAAUAGAAGAAAAACGAAGGAUACAAGAGAGAAAUGAAAUAAAACACAAUCGACCGCAACGUGUGGCUGCAAAUAAAAUGAAAAACGUAAAUACAAAACGGCGCACAUUUCGGCACAUCGUGUGUGACGCACAGAGAGAGUGAGUGCCCGAAUGUAAAUGAAUUUUAAAGAUGAAAAGAGAUGAUAUGAACACACAUUGAAAAUACAGUGGCCGGAGCGAUGUGCUUAGAACGCAUAUUAGUAUUAGCACCGAGGCUGACUUACUGUACAUUACGAACUGACUUCGUCGCACAGAGUAACAGCUCUAAAUAGAGAGUUUGUUUUGUUUAUCGAACGGCGAAUGAUUACAUCUGCUUUCACAGAAUUCGCUUCAGACCCCUGAGCACACAGUUCACACAUUCACUCACCCAAUUCUCUUUCAUUUCGCUUUCUCACUCUCUCCUCUCGUCUCGUACAUAACCGAAAUAAUAUAUCCGAACAGCAGCACUUUGUGAUGAAAAAAAACACAUCAGAUGAAAUUCAAAUGUAACGAGAUCAAGAGAAGUUCGCGCGCGCGGAUCACCACACCGAUAGUAAACAUAAAUCGUGCUCUUUCGUCAGCUAUUACUUUGCCCGAGCUCAUUAGUUUAGAAAUAAACGUCUCGUCGGCGAAUUAAACAGAGAUAGAGCGAAUGAGAGAAUAAUAUGAGCGAGAGAAAACCGAAGCUAUCAGCCGAACGUAAACAAUCGAUUUGCAACAUUUUAAAUUGUUGCUGAAUUUGAAAUAAUACACAAGCUCGAACACUGGACUGAACAAGCCGAGCAGUCAGCAGAGAUGCUUAAAGUGUAAAUGUAAAUUGUUUUUAGUGUGGAAAAUUGUUCAUUUUCCGAUUAUUGUUCAUUGCUUAGUCAAAUUAAGUGCUUGUUCGUUCACUUGUCACGAAUUGGACAACGAUAAAAGGAACAAAACCAUCGGCCAACUAAUUAAUAGUUCGGUGGAAAUCAUUGCCAAUAAGAAGCGUGCAUAACAUUCAUUGUUUGCUCAAAACUUAUCUCAUGUUGUAAUUUCGACCAGUGGUAAAAAUCAAGUGCUUAAACACUUAAUAGAGCAAUUAUAUCGCAUUUAAUAUCUCGUCACUUCACGUUGAGUUCGAGCGUUAAAAAGCUCAUUUCAAUUUGCACAUGUGUGCGCCGUUCACUUAUUUGUGUCUGUGUCUGUGUCUGUGCCUACUCGAGCAUCGAGUGUCAGAGCAUUGUACAUAAAAAAUAUGGUUGAUGUGUCGUUUGCGGUGCCGUUGACUAUUGCGUUAAAGACAUUUGUGGAAGUCGAUCAGACGGUCGACAGUGUUUACGAAAAUAAGUGUAACAUCAUCCGUUAAAACAAAUUGAUUUUAUUAGAAACAAGUGUGAAUAAAUAAAAGAACACACAACAACCGAAACAGAACGACUCACACAGAAUUGAGAAAAAGAAGAGAAGCCAAAUGGGAAGAAUAAGAGAAAAUAAAACCUAAUACACACCAACGAAGGGAAGAAGCUCCGAAAAAGAAAACAUUGCUCAACAUUAAUUAAGUCGAAUAUCGCAUUUUCGCCCAUUCAUCAACACUGAUGUGCAAAUAGAGAGUUGAUAAAAGUACCAAGAGUCAAACAUUUGUGCUGCUGCCUCACACUAAUACUGCAUUGUGGUGAAUUUGUGUGUUUUUUCCCGAAUGAUCAGAUGAAUUACGGCGAUACCAUAAGUUUUCGUCCAUUUCAGCACAUAUAAUCUUCUGAGUGAAUCGAAGACUCAACGUUCUACCUCAAGCAAAUAACACACAAAGUCUCUCUCUCUCUCUCUAUCCGCUGUCUCGACCUGUAAAUCGGGCGAGCGUGCAUUAAAAAUACAAUUUUCUAUAACUUAUUAAAUUGUCUCAUCAUUGCUCGCUAUUUAUACUAAUAAAUGAGCGGGAUAAGGCAGCAAUUGAAGAUGUUGGGCUCCGCGCUUAUCGGGCGACGACAUAAGGAUCAUGUGAAGAAAAAGGGGUUCACUGAAGAGGAGCUACAUGAUUUGCGAAUAGCGUUUGAAUUGCUGGAUCGAAACCAGGAUGGGCGUGUUACGGCCGGCGAGCUGCAAUUUAUGUUAAAAAAUUUGGGUAUCAUUGUGCGAGACGAGCUAAUCGACGAUCUCAUCAAAGAAGCUAGUCAUGGUGGCAAUGGUCGAAUGGACGAAAAAGAGUUUCGCCAGUGGAUCCAACGAAUUCAGUCACUGCAAGAGGAAUCAACGGUCAGCCCAUCCACUUCACAGUCACAGUCACAGUCACAGUCACAAUCCGAAACGGAUGACGAUAUCACACAAGACUUAAUAGCAGCGUUUCGGGUUUUUGAUCGCGACGGUAAUGGAUACAUAACACGCGAUGAGCUUCAAAUAGCGAUGGAAAUGAUGCAGGAAAACGUUACCGAGACGCAAGUUAAUGAAAUGCUGCAAUUAGCGGACCUCGACAAAGACGGAAAAAUAAACUAUGAGGAGUUUGUGCGAUUGCUGCUCUAAACAACGAAUUCUUCAACUAUGAAGAAUUUGUGCGAUUGCCCUGAACAACGAAUUCUUACGGUGCUGCUGAUUACUUGUUAAGAUUAUGAUGGGAAAUUUAACAAUUUUUUAAUGGCGGACAUGGUCCGAAACGAAUUUUUAAUUGUUGUUUUAUUUUCGAUCAUUGAAGUUCUCUUAUUAUUCUUCUUUGUUGGUAAAUUGCGUUUUAAACAAACAAACAAAAAAUAAUAAUUGUAGCAUUAAGAGAAUCGUUUCAUGUGCCGUGUGUGCGAUUUUGAAUUAAGAAAUUUAUAUAUUAUUAUACAUCAUACAUAUAGGAUGAUUCGAUGAAUAAGAUAAUUGAAGGGGAAAAAAAUGAAAAACUUAAAUGCUCCAGUCAUGAAAUACGAUCGUGAACGUUUUGAAAUAAAUUUUGUUCUAAUAUUGAAAUGCAACUAGUCAAAUAGUGAA